AUGCUCGGGGAAGCCGGAAUGUUGCGACUUUAUCUUAGACAUUUAAAAGUGGUACGAUAUAGUCGGCUGCAUGCGUUCAAUGCCUUCAAAUGCAGGUGGCCGUUAGAGGCGAUUGAAUCUGCUGAUCCAUACUCGAAUUGUAAUUCGGGUCAAUUAUUAGUGUUGCAUCGGAUGCCACACGAAUUUCAUAACCGAUCCGAAAAAUUUUAUUUGUAUUAUGACAUCCAUUAUUACAUGCUGAAGCGCUUUGAUAACCGUUUCAAUAGGCUCAAUGCUUGGCAUGACUGGCACAGACCUUCAUAA